CAAGGCAAAAAGCCCGCGAGUCCACGACAAACCAGGCCCACGGGCGAUGGCCGCUGCCGCGCGCUCGCGCCUCGCCGUCCUCCGCCGCCUCGACCUCGCCUCCCGCACGCCAUCAAACCCUAAGCCCCUCCUCCUCUCCUCCGCCUUCUCCUCCUCGACCCUCUCCGCGCCUCUCGCGGCCGGCCGGGUCCGCGAGGACGAGAGUAGCCUCCUCUCGCGGCACCUGCUCCGGCUCCACUUACGCUCGCCGCGCGGGGCCGCCGCGGCUGCCAUCGACAGAUGGGCCCGGGAGAGCGUCCACAUCUCGCAGCCGGAGCUCCGGCGCGCAAUCGCGAUGCUCCGGCGCGCGCGCCGCUACGAGCACGCCCUCGAGAUUUUCUCUUGGAUGGAAUCAUGCAAUUCCGUUCUACUGUCGUCCUGGGAUCAUGCAGCAAGACUGGACUUGAUUGCUAAAGCUUACGGUACUUCUCAAGCCGAGGAAUACUACAACAAACUACAGAGCCCUGCUGCCAGACAAGCUGCAUCGUUCCCUCUCCUCCAUUGCUAUGUUACAGAAAGAAAUGUACAGAAGGCUGAAACCUUCAUGGCUCAGUUGCAGAGUUGUGGGUUGCCCGUUGAUCCUCACUCUUUCAAUGAAAUCAUGAAGCUCUAUAUUGCAACCUUUCAGUAUGAGAAGGCCCUUAGUGUAAUUGACCUCAUGAAACGGAACAACAUUCCCAGAAAUGUUCUCUCCUACAACCUUUGGAUGAAUGUUUGUGCUGAAGUCUCUGGUGUUGCCCCGGUACAAUCAGUGUUCCAGGAGAUGUUGAAUGAUGAGACGGUCGAGGUUGGUUGGAGCACAUACUGCACAUUAGCCAACAUUUUCAGGAAGAAUGGGCUGAACACUAAAGCGCAAGCUUGCCUUAGGAAAGCUGAAACAAAACUGUCACCGACAGGACGCUUAGGAUACUCUUUUGUAAUGACAUGUUAUGCGGCUCUGAAUGACAGUGACGGAGUUAUGAGAUUAUGGGAGGCUAGUAAAAGUGUGCCAGGAAGAAUCCCUGCUGCAAACUACAUGACUGCUAUGUUAUGUUCAAUAAAAGUUGGGGACAUCAGCCAGGCCGAGUGGAUCUUUGGAAGCUGGGAAGCAGGGUGCAGGAAGCAUGAUGUGCGGGUUUCAAAUGUUCUUCUUGGUGCUUAUGUGAGGAAUAGGUGGAUUGAAAAGGCUGAGAGGCUCCACCUCCACAUGCUAGAGAAAGGAGCACGUCCAAAUUACAAGACAUGGGAGAUAUUGAUGGAGGGUUAUGUUCAGAGUAGGCAGAUGGACAAAGCUGUGGGUUGCAUGAAGAAAGGUUUGUCUCUGUUGAAGAGUUGCCAUUGGAGACCUCCACUUGAACUGAUGGAGGCCAUUGGCAAACAUUUCGAGGAGCAAGGAAGUGCCGAUGAUGCAUACCGAUACAUUAAGGUUCUCCAGAGAUUUAAUUUGACAAGCUUGCCCCUUUACAAGUCAUUGAUUCGAGCAUAUAUAAAUGCUGACAUUGUGCCACCGAAUAUCCUUGAGAUGAUUGCAAAAGAUCAGAUUGUUACGGACGAAGAAAUGGACCGGUUGAUCAUACUUGCUAGCAAGAUAGAUAUCACAUGCAAUGGAUAGUCGUUAGCUGGAAUAGGCAAUCACCAGUCAAAUGAUAUCAGCAUCCAUUUGACUGUCAAUUAGAGCUGCAAAGUGAAGAGCGUCAAGUUGAACCUGCAAAUUAGAAUUAGAUGCAGAAAAGCCCUCCUGGAGUCCCUGUUUGGUGUUGCUGCAGUUCUGCAAACCUGAACCACAACAGCUCCUUGGAAUCUUACAGUGUAUUUGGAAAAUGUGGAACUGGAAGGUAUCAGUGUAUCACCUGAUGACCUGAACCAGCACACAAGAUUCUUUGGAUGCUGAUAUCAUUUGACAUUCAGAACUUGAACCUUUGGACUUUCAGAACUUAAUCUAACCUGAAUCGAUAUUCCCCAGUCAUCACAUGUAAUUAGUAUCACAACCAGUUUUAUGAUGCAAGCACAUAGCUUGCUUAUUCGUUCCUUAAAUAAAAUGAGCUGUUCUGGGAGAAUUUCCCACUGACCAGUCCCCAAAUACUUGCUUGGCAGUGGGUUUGAACAAUGUGAAUUGCAAAUUUUUGUUUUAUUCUCAGAAACACUUUUACAACAAAUUAA